CUUGAUAUUCCAACCUCAGUGUCAAAUCCUAUUGUAGCGCGCUUCCUCGUUCUCGACAUCUCCCCCGCACAAACGCCGCCAACAUGUUUAUAGCACGAAGUGAAUAUGAUCGUGGCAUCAACACCUUCUCGCCCGAAGGCCGUCUCUUCCAAGUCGAAUACUCGCUCGAAGCCAUCAAGCUAGGCUCGACAGCAAUAGGCGUAGCAACGGGCGAAGGCGUUAUCCUAGGUGUAGAAAAGCGCGUCACUAGCACCCUCCUCGAGACCAGCUCCGUCGAGAAGAUUGUCGAGAUUGAUCGCCACAUCGGCUGUGCCAUGUCGGGCCUACAGGCCGAUGCCCGCAGUAUGGUCGAGCACGCGCGCGUCGAGAGCCAGAACCACGCCUUCAACUACAACGAGCCGCUGCGCGUCGAGAGCUGCACGCAGGCGAUAUGCGACCUGGCGCUGCGGUUUGGUGAGGGUGCUGAGGGCGAGGAGAGCAUCAUGAGCAGGCCGUUUGGUGUGGCGCUGCUGAUUGCGGGUUACGACGAGGAUGGGCCGAGUCUUUACCACGCUGAGCCCUCCGGCACGUUCUACCGCUACGACGCCAAAGCUAUUGGUUCUGGAUCCGAGGGCGCGCAAGCAGAGCUGCAGAAUGAGUUCCACAAGUCGCUUACCCUCGCCGAGGCCGAGGUCCUCACGCUCAAGACGCUCAAGCAGGUCAUGGAGGAGAAGCUGGACAGCAAGAACGUGCAGUUGGCGAGCGUAACCAAGGACAAGGGCUUCAGGAUCUACACAGACGCGGAAAUGGAGGAAGUUGUUGGACGGCUGCCUACGAACUAGCGAGUGGCGAGAGUACACAUGUAUGAAACAUGGUCUUCUUGAGCCAUGUGUAGAUGAAAGGGAUACUCGAGCGUCUUGAGCGUAAAUCCUAACCACGAUAAAAUGAAGCAACGUCUGAAUGCCAUCCUGAUCACCGUGCUGCCAGCCAGUCACGAGCAGAAGAAAUGUCUAUUAAGCAGCCCAUGCACUGAUACACAGCAUGUUAACGCUCAAGCCAUGCUCCCUAUUGUACAUGAUCCCCCCUCACGUCCUCCCUAUCCCAC